CUAAGAAUAAACCUCUCAACAACAAGGCUCCGUCAACCCAAAACACUCCAGGAACUAGUUUGGGAAGAUGACCCAGUAGCAUGACCUCACACAGGAGUCUAUAUAAGUUGCACUAAGGAGGCUAGUGCAGAGUUUUGAUGUUUAACCACGAAAGCUACUAGCUCUGCAACCAUGUCCCAGCCAGCUCCUGUGAAAAAGAAACGUCCUCCUGUGAAAGAGGAAGACCUCAAAGGAGCUAAAGGAAAACUCUCUAGCAACCAGCCUAUCAAAUCCAAAACCUACCAGGUCAUGAAGCAGUGUGAGCAAGCUGGCUCUGCUGCGCCCUCCGUAUUCAGCCGAGACCGCACAGGAGACGAAACGGUCUUUGAUCGGCCAAAGGAAGCGCCUGCAAAGAGUGUCUUUGGUUGACUGCCAAGUUAAAGAGCUGCAAGAAAUAUUCCUGGCACAUACCUAACCACUUAUUUUCAUUUCUUAUACACCAGUCUUAUUACUCUGCUGUUAAUGUAAUUCUCUGAAUUACUAAUCGCUAGCAGAAGAACUUGCAUUGAAAGAUGCCAUCUUUUUAAUAUACACAUGGUAUAUAUAUAUAUUUUCUUUGCUGUCCUGUGGAUGAUUGAAGGAGGGUAGUAAUGUGUGCAGGCUGAUACCAUAAUGACCAAUUUUGUUCUACACUCACAUGAUUCUUCUUUUAAAUGUGUGUUCUGAAAUGGUGUCGCAGUUGCAAUUCUGUUCAUGAUGUUGUUGUGUGACACCAAAUAAAUCAUGGUGAUUUUGA